UGUCAAAGGUUUUACUUUUUCCUGAUGUUUAACAAAACGCCAAAAAGGGUUAUCCAGCUGGUUACAUUUCUACAGUGAGCUAACUACUUAGCAGUAGCAAAUAAAGCUUAGCCAACAUUAAACAGUAUGGGGCAGAGUUGGCGGGGUGAACGCAGGUGUCUCCAAUGACACUGAUUAAGGUUCCGUUCCAUUUUUAUUUUUAUUCUUUAGACUUUCCAGUGAACCGACACGCACAUCACCCCGCACCCUGCUCCCAAUCAGCAUGGCGUUGUUCAGGUGUGUUACGCUUCAAAUACAACCAGGAGGUGCGUGGGACCGAAAGGCGCUUUGACCAGUGCAUUUCCUCGUUCGUUAUUCAGCUAUUCAAAUGACGAGUCCGCAUAACAAGGCCGAGAGAAAGCGAAAAGUUGGGCUCAAAAGACAACUACACAUUACUGGGGCAGUUAAACCUGCGUCUGCACCGACAGGGAGCCUCAAAUCAGCGCUGACUGUGAACGAUUUACUCUUGCUGGAUUGCAGUGUAUUGCUGUCUGUGAGGAGCAUCUUCAUCAUGACUCCAUCCUCCGUGUGUCUGCUGCUUCCUGUCCCUGCUCACUACUGAAGACUCAACAUCCACCUGCUCAUCUCCUUUUUCUUCUACAUCACUCCUCCGUCUGUCCUUUAGUCAUGAAUCCCUAUGGAGACACACAUGUGAACUCUGACCCAUGCAAUGAUGUCAAUGCUCCUGGAUCUCCACAAAGUCCACAUUCAUACUCAACUCCUGACCCCCAAGAUAAUUCCCAUAAUCCAUAUCUGUCAACCACUGUAUCAUCUGCUCCAGUCAUACAGACAGGUCAUAGCUUCCCAUCACCUGAUCUGCCGCUUCCAGCCUCUGAUCCAACUCUCACACUGAACCCUUACUCCACCCCCAUCACACUCCCUACCUCCCAGGUGUCAGUCACCAUCCCAUCCCCAGACCUCCACCCAUCUCCCCUUCAGUCUCGGUGCUUAGAGGAGACCUGCCCUGACCUGGAGUGCGCCAUCUGCUUCAGCCAGUUCAAUAAUGUCUUCCGCUGUCCCAAGAUGCUUCAAUGCAAGCACACGUUCUGCCUGGAGUGCCUGGCACGUAUGAACGUCAAGUCAUCUCAGCCAAACGCCAUCCAGUGCCCACUGUGCCGCGGCUUCACACCCCUGCCCACCCUUGGGCUGCCCAGACUGGCCACAGAUUCAGACGUGCUGUCUUACCUUCCAGCCGCCAUGCAGAGAGUCUACAGCAUUCGUUUCCUCCGCGACAAAGGGAAGCUGCAGGUUAAAAGGUCAUCUGAAGGUCGUCAUCGAUGGGGUGAGAGGUCACUGACAUCUAUGAACCGCUCUUUGGAUGUGGGGCUUCCCAACCCGCCUGUCACAGGUCACAACAUGGGCGGAGCUCUGUUCCAACUGACGGGCAGGCCGGUGUGCCGAGCCUUCCUCCUGACAUCUGUGGUUAUGAUGAUGGUGCUGCUGACGGGCAUCAUCAUCUUCCUCCUCACCAUCAACAAACAGCAACAGUGAGUGACAUCAUAUGAUAUCACAUCCAGUCUUCCCCUCUUUUAUUUUUGUGAUUGGGGG